UUAUCCUACGAAGGGUCAUAAAAGGAUGUUAUCCCAAAAACACCGAAACCAGAUGAACAAUUACUUCACGGAGUAUUGCAACGCUACUAGCAUCCAUGGCUUCAGAUAUCUAGGAGAGCAAAAGAGAAGCUACACAGAGAAAAUAUGGUGGUUGGUGACUUUGAUAGCCUCGGUAUGUCUCUGCACGUAUUUGAUCAUGAAAACUUACAACAAAUGGGAAAGAUCUCCAGUUAUUGUUAGUUUCGCUACAAAGCAAACGCCCAUUUGGCAAAUCCCUUUUCCUGCAGUCACCAUUUGCCCCGAAACUAAAUGCCUACAAUCAGAGUUCAACUUCACUAAACUUUACUUGAAAACUUUAAACGGCACUCUAAAUGACGACGAGCUUGCAACUUUGGAGUAUUUGUCGUUGAUUUGCAAUCCACGGAUGGCCAUUUCACUAUUGAAGAUGAAAACGAUCAACGAAACUAUCCUUCAUUUCUUUGAUGAUAUUUCACCAAAUUAUGAAGAUGUAUUUCUGAUUUGCUUUUGGAUCGGUGAGCCGUUCUAUUGCAAAUCGAUUUUCACUCCGAUUUUAACGGACGAAGGCGUUUGCUUCACUUUUAAUAUGCUUGAUAGGAAAGAGCUUUUUAAUGACGAUAUGUUGAUUUUUAAGGAUUAUUUACAACACAAUCAGUCAUCCGUAGGUUGGAACUUGGAGUACGGUUAUGGGAAGAACGUGAAAAAGAAUACGUAUCCUAGAAGGGCUCUGUUUUCGGGAGCAACAAAGGGAUUGCAAGUUAUAAUGUUGGCGAACGACAAGGAUUUGGAUUACAUUUGCGGGGAUUCCUUGCAAGGCUAUAAGAUUUUACUUCAUCAUCCUGCCGAAGUACCGAGAGUAAGUCAACAGUAUUUCCGCGUUCCACUAAACCAGGCGGUUGUGGCAGGAAUCAAACCAGAAGUGAUGACCACUUCCUCCGAACUGCAGAGCUACCCACCAGAAAAGAGGCAAUGCUAUUUUCCAAAUGAAAGGAACCUUCGUUUCUUCAAGAUCUAUACCCAGCAAAACUGCGAGGUCGAGUGUCUUGCAAACUUCACACUUCGUUUAUGCAAAUGCGUCGAUUUCCAUAUGCCACAUGCGAAAUUUACUCCAAUUUGCGGAGCAAGAAAACUUGGAUGCAUGAAGUAUGCAGAUAGUAUGUUACUAUCAAAUGAAAUCGAAACAAAACUGAGGGAAAUUGAAGAUGAGGAGUUACAAAAAAAUGAGAGUUUCAUGGAUUCUUUGGACAGUGUUUUCGAUAAGUUUGUAAACAAGGAUAAGAACGAGGAAAAACCAAGGAGUUCCAAAUGUGACUGCUUGCCAAGUUGCACUUCAUUGAGCUACAGUAUUGAAACAUCUCAAGCCGAUUGGAACUGGGCUGAAUACUUCCGUGGUCUUAACGAAACAAUCCUAGCCGAUAAGGAUAAGGUUUAUUUAUCGAAAUUGGUUAUUUUCUUCAAGGAUAUGCAAUUCAUAUCUUCGGAGAGAGACGAACUCUAUGGACCAAUUGAUUUCCUUGCUAACUGCGGAGGUCUGCUUGGACUUUUCAUGGGAUUUUCAUUCAUUUCUCUAGUUGAAAUUAUUUACUUUUUAUCUUUAAGACUUAUAAAUAACAUACGUAAACGUCGAAUUCACAAGGUCAUCGAAUUUGACGCGUGA